AAUGAAGCAGAAUAAGUAAUGAGCUCUGUGCUGAGGUCUCCUCCUCGCUCGAUGCUCAGAGCAGCUUUGAACAUGAACCUUGAGGAGGCUGAAUGCUGAGGACAGGAGAAGAGCGAUGAUCUGACACAGAGCGUUUAUGCUGCACUACCAAAGAGCCCGCCGAGCAGCACAGCACACAAGAAACUGACUUUUGUCCUCUUUGGAUUUUGGGGUGAGAAGCUUUAACAGCGAGGACACUGGAGACCAGGAUGAAACUGGUGACCCUCCUCAGCUGGCUCACAGCCUUCUACAGGUUCAGCUCGGCCUCCGAGCUUUCUUUCUUGGUAGAACCCACGGACGUGACUGCGGUGAGGGAUCGGCCACUCAUGCUGGACUGUCAGGUCCAGGGCGAGGAACCCAUCACAAUCACGUGGCGCAAGAACGGAGCGCCCGUACCCAGCACCCCACGGGUGCGAGUGCUAGAGAACGGCACGCUGCUAAUAACGAGCUUCCAGAAACGCAGAGAGGGCAGCGAUGCAGACGUGGGCGAGUACGACUGCGCUGCACAGAACCGUUACGGCCUGCUCGUCAGCCGCAAGGCCAAAGUCCACCUCGCAUGUAAGUGA